AUGUUUGACUUCGUAUUGAAAUCAGUGAUCUCAGCUAUUCUCACAUUACUCCUAUGGCCACUAUACGAAGCCCGUUUCCCCUUUGACUAUGUUGUUGUCGGUGGAGGAACGGCAGGGCUCACCAUCAGUACUCGACUAGCUCAGCAUGGGUUCCAAGUCGCAGUGAUAGAAGCAGGCGGAUACUACGAGCUCGAAUGGCCAUUAUCAAUGAUUCCUGGAGCCGCCAUCAUUGGAGUUGGCGCAGAUAUCAGCACUUCAUCGUCUGUGGACUGGAAUUUUGUUGUCCAUGAUGAGCCUGGGGCUAAUUAUCGCGACAUUCAUUACCCAAGAGGCAAAUGUUUGGGUGGAUCUUCGGCCGUCAACUUUCUGAUGUAUCAAAGACCGUCAAAGGAUACUAUGACACGAUGGGCGGACCUUGUCGACGAUCCUAGCUAUCUUUUCGACAAUAUUCUUCACCUGUUCAAGAAGACAGUCACAUUCACACCUCCCAGUCUUCGCUCUGCCUGUGCAAGAGCACUAUUCAACGAUUCCGCCUUUGACCCAUACGGCGGUCCAUUGCACGUUUCGUACCCUCAAGAUCGAAUGCCAUUUUCUACCUGGGUUCGAGAAGGAAUGAAAGAAGUGAGAAUCGAGGAGGCUCAUGACUUCAACAGCGGUUCUCUAAUGGGACAUCAAUUCUGCACAAUGACAAUCCGACCCACCGAUGGCAUCAGGAGCAGCUCUGAGUCAGCAUUCCGGCAAGACUUACUCCAUCUGCAAAAGUCACGGAAUCUAAGGAUCUUCAAGAAGACUCUAGUGAAGAGGGUUUUAUUUGAUGAUCAGAAUCGAGCAAUAGGAGUGGAGGUAAAACGGAAUUGGAUGUGGAAAUACAACCUAAUGGCCUCGCGAGAGGUGAUACUAUCGGCAGGUGCUUUCCAGUCACCACAACUUCUCAUGGUUUCCGGCGUUGGACCUGCUGAUAAACUUGAAGAGCACGGAAUUCCGGUGAUUGCCAAUCGACCCGGUGUUGGGGAGAACAUGUGGGACCAUCCUUUCUUCGGGCCAUCAUAUCCAGUCAAAGUAAGAACUUUCACAGCACUGACUCAUGAUCUCGGGUGGCUCUUGACUCAAAUCAAGAAGUACUUCUUCCACCAUCGUGGGCUGUUGACAAACCCCUCUACGGACUAUCUUGCUUUUGAGAAGAUACCGCAAAGCCUUCGAGGAAAUCUCUCAUCUCAGGAUGAAGAUAGUCUUGCUUGGUUCCCUCAGGAUUGGCCGGAAGUCGAAUACCUUGCAGCUUCCGCAUAUGUUGGCAAUUUCUCAAAUCCUUUUUUGCAACAGCCUCAUUCCGGGGAAUACGGCUCAAUUAUCGGAAGUUUGGUUGCCCCGACUUCUCGCGGAAAGGUAACUAUUCAGUCAGACGAUACAGCUGACGCCCCGAUCAUCCACCCAAACUGGCUUGACACUGCUGUUGAUCAGAAGAUAGCGGUCGCAUUAUACAAGCGCAUUCGCAAUAUAUACCAGACCGAGGCCAUGCAAUUUAUCUUGGAUGGGCCAGAGUCUUUUCCAGGGCAGGAUGUGCAGAGCGAUGCAGAAAUUCUAGAUGUCAUCAAGUCGACACUCAUGACAAUAUACCAUGCGGCGUGCACAUGCAAGAUGGGGCUGAGAAACGACAGUAUGGCGGUUGUAGACAGUCGUAGCCGUGUUUUUGGCGUCAGCGGUUUGCGAGUGGUAGAUGCCAGCGCCUUUCCGAUUCUUCCUCCUGGUCACCCUCAAUCCACUGUCUAUAUGCUUGCUGAAAAGAUAGCUGCUGACAUUAUAGCCUCUUGA